AUGGUGUUAGGCCCUACGGCACUAUCUAUGCCAGUUACAGCUAUUGUCGCGAAACAGCCGGUAAAAAGUGACAUACCAAAGACUUUGGACGAUGUUCACAUUGAAGGGUAGGCUUACUUCUUUAACUUUACAUUAGGGUAGGGUAGGGUAAGUUAGAGAACGUCACGAUAGGGUUGGAUGCGGUAAGGUGGAGUAGGGUAAUGUUGAGUAUGUUAAGUGAGAGUAGCUUCAAUUAGAAUAAGGCACAGUACGAUACAGUGCGGCAGAUAACGACAGUGUAAUAUAGGGUAAGUUAUCGCAUUUUACUUUUUCAACCCAUACUGUAACUAAUUUUCAGCGGUUUUCCAAAAUACAAUCUAUGUUCCAUUCUCUACAUAUACGGCCUAUUUGUCAUGGUAUCUUUCAUUUUAUCUGUUGGAUUCUACCAAAUCAUCUCAGCAGAACUACACGGUUCAGGAGCUAGCUUAAGGUCCAUUCCAGCGGUCGAUAAUGUGUUUGUAGCAUUUGGUACAACUUCAGAGUCUUCAGAGCUCUUAAAAGUUAUAUUGGCUGCUCAGGUAUGGCGGAAUCUUGGCGUACGGUCGAUUGUAAGCUUGGUUGGAGAUUCUGAAUUGUUUCAUGAAGGCCCAAAUAAGAUGUUGGUCAAUGUGCUUACGCAAAUAGAAGCUACAGUAACAUAUGUUGAAGCUAACGAUGUUCAUGACGAAAACAUGGCUAAGCUCAUGCCAUUUUAUGUUAUAGCUUAUAGUGGCAAUGGUAAGUACUGUAGGCGAGUAUUAGUAUUAUAUGUAACAGUAGAUACUUAUAGAAGUAGUACUGUAGAGAAAUACUGUAAACUAAAAUUAUAAAACCUAUUUUAGAUACCCUAGCCCAAAACCUCUACGAAGACACUGUUAUAAUAGUAGCUGACACAGACUACAUUCCAAUGGAUUUAGCUAGUCAUUUGCCAGCUAUUGAGAAAGGAAUUGAAAUCAAAAUUUAUGAUAACAAUUGUUGUGAUGUACUCAACUUGGGAGAGAUACAACUGCAUAAAUACAGUAUGAACACAGUCGCUAUGACUUUGAACAAAUGGCAAAGGGUUUUUAGUAGGUUUGAAAAAUUUUACUUGAGUCUCACCCUACCUUACCCUACCUUAUCCUACUCUAUUCUACCCUACCUUUCUUUAAUCUUCGUUAUCUUGCCUUACCCUAUCUCACUUUACUUUGCUUUACUUUACCCUACUUUGCCCUAUCUUACUCUACUCUACCCUACCUUACCCUGCUUUAUCCUACGCUUUACCUUAUCCUUUCUUAUCCUACCUUACCCUUCCUUUUCCUACCUUAUCCUAUCUUACCCUACUUACCCAACUUUCAUCUAUCAAGCUUACUCCCUUACCAUGCCCAUUAUAAUCUACCCUACACUGUCUUAAUCCAGCUUACUUUAUCCAUCACAACCCGCUCUACCCACCUUAUAAUGAUUUUAUUGUUUUUAGAUCUUAGUCGCCAAAUGUCAACGUCAGAAAUAGAAGCUGGCAUUGUUGAAAACUAUGGUGACUUCAUAGUCUUGGGGGCUAAACAACAAGCUUUUUAUGUCCGUGAAUUGGCUUUUGCUAUGAAGUUUAAUCAAUUUAAAAAUGGUGAUAAGAAGUAAGUCAACCUUAUUAUCACUUUUUUGCUUUUUCUUAGUACUAAUACGCCAAACAAGUCAUUUUAGCUCACUCUACUCAAUCGACAUCCACGACCACAAAGACAUUCACCGUCUCAACGUUAAGCCAAUCAAAGACUUUGGCAGUCGUCUUCUAAAAACCAUGCCUUUGACUGCCUAUAAUGACAUUAUUUAUGACAAUAAUGUUCAUGAACAGUCAGUAUGGAAUACUGCUAGCUCGUUGUUGGCUCGAUUCUAUACUCGAGAGCAAUUUGAGUACUUAAUUGAAGUGCGCGACAGAGUCAUCAGCUGGCAAUUAGACGAAAGGCAACGUCAAUGGGUUUUGUGGAUGAACUUGUACAAUCCUUCUUACUAA